AUGACGUCACUUGAAGGAGGCCGACUCAGCGCGGGGCGUGACGUCACGCGGGAGGUUCCUCUGAAUUCCUCGGGUCCGCCGGUUCCUCAGGGAAGGGAAUGUCGGUGGUUCGUGGUGGGCGGAGAAGCUCCGUGUGCCACGCCCCUGAUCUGCAGCUUCGGGAGGCCGGUGGACCUGGAGAAGGACGACUACCAGAAGGUGGUGUGCAACAACGAGCACUGCCCCCACAGCACCUGGAUGCACCUGCAGUGCUUCUACGAGUGGGAGAGCAGCAUCCUGGUCCAGUUCAACUGCAUCGGCCGGGCGCGCAGCUGGAACGAGAAGCAGUGCCGCCAGAACAUGUGGACCAAGAAAGGCUAUGACCUGGCCUUCCGCUUCUGCUCCUGCCGCUGUGGACAGGGCCACUUGAAGAAGGACACGGACUGGUACCAGGUGAAGCGGAUGCAGGAUGAGAAGAAGAAGAAGUCAGGGUCGGAGAAGAACACGGGGAGGCCCCCUGGGGAGGUGGUAGAGGAGGCAAAAAAGUGCAGGCCCCCGAACAAGCCCCAGAAGGGCCUAAACCAUGACCUCCCCCGGCGGCAUUCCAUGGACCGGCAGAACUCCCAGGAGAAGGCCGUCGGCGCUGGGGCCUACGGGGGCCGCUCCCCCUGUGGCUCCCCCGGCCAGUCCCCGCCUACCGGCUACUCCAUCCUGUCCCCUGCCCACUUCAGUGGCCCCCGAUCCUCCAGAUACCUUGGGGAAUUCUUAAAGAAUGCCAUCCAUCUUGAGCCUCACAAAAAGGCCAUGGCUGGGGGCCACGUGUUCCGAAAUGCCCACUUUGAUUACAGUUCGGCUGGGUUAUCAGUUCACAGGGGUGGCCACUUUGACACUCCUGUACAGUUCCUGCGGCGGCUGGACCUCUCCGAACUCCUCACUCACAUCCCCAGACAUAAGUUGAACACUUUCCACGUGCGGAUGGAAGACGAUGCCCAAAUGGGCCAGGGCGAGGAUCUGCGCAAGUUCAUCCUUGCGGCCCUCAGUGCCAGCCACAGAAACGUUGUAAACUGUGCCCUGUGCCAUCGGGUACUCCCGGUGUUUGAACAGUUCCCACUGGUGGACGGAACUCUGUUCCUAAGCCCAUCGAGACAUGAUGAGAUCGAGUAUGAUGUUCCUUGUCACCUUCAAGGGAGACUCAUGCAUCUGUAUGCUGUGUGUGUGGACUGCCUGGAAGGGGUUCACAAGAUCAUCUGCAUCAAGUGUAAGUCGCGGUGGGACGGCAGCUGGCACCAGCUGGGCACCAUGUACACCUACGACAUCCUGGCUGCCUCUCCCUGCUGUCAGGCCCGGCUGAACUGCAAGCACUGCGGGAAGCCCGUGAUCGACGUGCGGAUCGGGAUGCAGUACUUCUCCGAGUACAGCAACGUCCAGCAAUGUCCACACUGUGGGAACCUGGACUACCAUUUUGUGAAGCCAUUUUCCUCCUUUAAAGUUCUGGAAGCUUAUUGAUGAAAGCUUUGCUUUGGUAAUAGCUCUUUUAUUGAUACUAUUACUUUAUUACAUAUCUUUUCUAGGGAAACAUUCUGCAACGUUAAUUUCUUUUCUAAUUUAAAGGAGUUCCUUUGUUAUGUGGCCACUAAAAUGGGGGCUGCCCUUGCCCUCUCCCUCUCCUGCCUAACUCCCAAAUGUGAGUCUGUGGUCAUGACCAGAGCCCAGGGGACAGACCUGUGAGUUGGGGUGUUGGUUCACUAUCACAAAGAGUCUCUCAUGCUCUUUUAAAGUGGUGGGGAGGAUGGGCUGAAUUUAGGAAAGGGGUUACAGGGUUCUAAACGAAGAGCAUGGUAGGAGUUGGGAGCACACUUUUACUUUAACCAUUUAAAGACCCACGUUUAGAUCUUCUCUGGGCCUUGGGAAAACAUGUGACAAGUGAAUGUGCGUCUGUACCUGGAGAGCUGAUGGUGUGUUAGUCCAUCUUGGUUUAGCUUCUGCAGCACACGUGGACAUGCAGUUUACAUUCACAGAUUAUUUGAAAGUGAACACGAGGGCUGUUUCCAUCACUCUUAUAAUAGUCAGUCUUCAUACUGAAAAUAACAUCCAGAUUAUGAGACAUAUGAAAGCUAUUGGUAUUGCAAAUAUUUUUAGGUAAGCUGACCUAUGACAGAAUAUACUAAGUGAAUUUGGAAAUGAUGCACACUCAUUCAAGAGGGCAAAAAGGCAGAAAACUGUGAUCUGAAUUUGGUCACAUUAGCUCCUAAGGAGAAUCCAUGAAUGACAUGAUUUGGGUGGCACCAGUUUAUAUAGGUUGCAUUGUCAAAGUGCCAUUUCAUGUCAGGUCCUUCUCACAGGUAAAUCUCACAGCCACAGCACACACCUGCCUGGCCAGUUGGAGAAUCAGUCAUGGCCACACUUAUCUUCCCCCAAAUUGCUGACAGUGGCAUUUUACCCAUUUAGUGCUGAGUUUCCAAAAUCAAAGAUUUUACCCUAGGAAGGGAAGGAAAAAAAAAACCCUACUUGUUGAGGGUAUGAGGAAAAGAAUAAUUUUAAUUCUUCUGUUUUAAGUAUAUUUCAUUUUGGAAAAAAUCACUGAUUGUAAGGUAUGACAAUGCGUUUGAAAAGAGAUCAUUCUGAAGAUCUCCACGAUACCUUAUCAUUGGUGAAAAAAGAUAAUAACGUAUAUUCUUAUUUGCCAGAGCAGUGGGCUUUCCAAAAUACAGCUUUCUGCUCAUUAGAUCGUGGCAAUUUAAAUAGACGUACACCCUAUGUCCUCAUAGAAUUGAAUUGGAAUAUCAUUUCUCAAAAAUGAAUUUGAUAAUUUCAAAUGUGAUAUAUGUAGAUGCUAAGUGAAUGCUUAAAAUAUAAUUAUUUUACAGGUAACCAAAUUUGGGGUUAUGUGAGUAUUUAUAUCACUCACUUGGUUUAUACCCUUUUUUCCUCCUCAGAAAAACAGUUGUUUUUCCUCUCAGAAGUGUUCAGGAUUAUUGCAAGUGAGCUUCAGUCCCACAUGAAAUAUUUGAUGUUUUAUUUGAAACAACACCACCUUAAAAAGAAUCCAUAUGUUAAUUUUCACCUUUCAGUUUGGGUGAUUGUAAUUUGGUUUCCCACAUCUGGUUGUGGUGUUUCAUCAAACACCAAAAUACCAACACUUUUCAUGAUCAGAAAAGUAUUUCAUGGUGGGGGAAAUGCCCAGUGUUACUGAGAAGCAGGAAGUCGUUAUUGGUCCAAUAGUAUUUGAUGCAACUGAGAGAGGUCUAUAGGACAUAACACUUGCAAAUUCGUCUUUAAUAUGCAGAGUGGUAGUUGUGAGUUACCUGUUUUCCUGUUGGUCCUCUCAUGUACCCAAGUACAGAAGUUUUUCUCGUCUUUGGAGCACCAUUUGGAUUUUCCUUCUGAAUUUAAAAUGAAUAGUAAAAUAUUUGUAAUGCUGUUCUUUAACCCACCUAAAUUUUUGUAGAGAAACUUGCUUUUGUAUUGUUGUUCUCAAGCUUAAUGUUUACAUAUAGGUCGCAUUCAGCAAGCUCCUCGGUCUAAAACUUUGUGAGCGUAGUGUCUGAUGCAUUCAGUAUUUUCUUUUUAUAUUGGUUUCUGCUCCCUAAAAAAAAGUAUGGUGCACUCACUAUAAUUAGGUAAAGUUUGCUUUUGGCCUUUAUUUGAUGAAAAAGUUAGAAUUCUAUGGAUGCUGUAUCGCAAAAGGAGAGGCAUAGGUAUCAUAUCUGAGGAUAUCUUUGGCCUUCAAGGCAUUGCAUUCUUGUCUAAAAUGAAAAAUUUGGUUGAUUUGAGAAUAAAAUAUAAUUGAUUAUACAAUAAUGUAAAGAAUAAAGCUUGUUUUGGAAAUCUGCUGACCUUAAUAUUUUCCCCAUGCUUUCUCAAAGUACUUUGCUGUGAGUACCUUGCUGGAAAUUGGAAUAUGUAAAAAAAGAUGAUUAUUUUUGUUGUGGUUUGGAUAUUAAAAGAUAUUAGUCACCCAAGAGAUCCAUUUUCUGUUUUUCUGAUGAAUAGUGCUCAAUAGUAUGAAUCACUCAUAAGUGACAUAAUUUCAAAGCAAUUUGUCAUCUACUCUUAACUUUUUAUCAUUUAUUUUUAAGAGUUACAUACCUUCAACAAAUAAAAUGAUCUACUUUAGUGAGAAGACUAUUUCUGAUGGUCUCAUCAUUUUCUCUUCAGGCCAACUCAGUUCUCCACUUUCUUCUGGUUGUCUCUGAAGCAGUUAAUAUACUGGGUUUAUACCUGAAAAGAUAGACAUUGGCCAUGAAAUUGGGGAGUGGGGUCAGUUAUCCCAGUCUAAUUAAGGAAGAGCUUUCCCCAGUCUUUAUUUUGUAGUUUUUGUAAAAGAAGUUCAUUUUCAGAGUAAAAAGUAUUUUCAUAUCUGCUUGAGGGAAAUUAAUUCAUCAGAAAACAACAUUAUUAGGUAUUUAAACCCUAAACCUAGCAGAUACACUGAUACAUAACUUAUUAGACCACCAAAACUAAUCUACUGAAAUCUCUCAUUUUGUCCCGUAAGACCGAUGCUUAACAAUACAGUCUGUUCUCCAGUGCCAGGGUCAGUAACUCUAGUUUGCUUUUCUCUUUAGUCUCAUGGUAGCAGCUGUUGAGUAAUUUCAGUUGGAGAUUCGGGAGGCAGUGAAGAGAAAGGGCUCUUGUUCAGUGUUUUGGCUCCUAUAACCGGAUGCUGCCUAACUCAGCUCAUCUCCAUGUUCUGUUGACUUUGUUACCAUUCCAGGUAAUUGAAAGAAAAUAUAUGGAUGGGCAUCUUUAAAACCAGCUCAAAAAUAUAUUCCUGUCUUUAAAGAUUUCUCGUCAAGAUGGCUUGGAUUGCACUUUGGUGGAGGGAAGACAGUGUAAAUAGUUCAAGAAUGUUGAUAAAACUGAAACACUUGGUUAUGGAAUUGUGUGUGAUGUUAGAAGGUUUCUGUCUGUGAAAUGUAUGUUAAUAAAAAUAAUAAAAUUUCAGAAACUGACAUUGUACUCUCUCUUCAGUGUGUCUCUUUAUUUUUUUGAGCUUGGAAUUGUUAACAGAAAAGAUAGUGGGGAAGACUUUCUGCGGUUUUGUUCACCAUCCAGGUAACCAUUUCAAAGUCUCUACUGCAGCUAAUAAAAACUGAACUUUCUGUGCUGUUUGAAAGUGGUUUGUCACAUGUAAACCCCCUUAGCAACAAAAUAAGUAUUCUGUAUAACGGUUAAUUCCCUAUGAAUAAUCUAAAAUUAUUGUUCUGGUUAUAGGGAAUUCUAUCCAACAGGUAGAUAAUCCUAUUCUACACAUGUUUUUUUUGGUACCUAGGACUGUAACAUUUUUCAUAAUGAAAAGAUUUGGUCAUAUCCUUCUUUAUUAUAAGAAAAUGGACACUGAGUUGUAAUUAAACUUCUUGCUGACUUCA